AUUUACGUCCUCUCGAAUUGUUGACAAAUUAGCGUUGAAGUAUCUCGCGAAUCUCAUUUGUUUAACCAAAAGCGUCAAACUGCAAAGGAGACAAAUAUGUUUCGCUUAUAGUUGGAAAAUGUGAACCAAAGCAUCGGGAAUACUGGCGAAUCUCAAGAAAACGCGCCUCCGGUUUCAGUCUCAGUACAACCUCAAGUCCAACGACGCCGCAUCGCCUGUUCCGCAGCUGCGAAAAGUGAACUCAACAUGGAACGAUAAGCCAACCGAACGCGUAAACUCCGUCGAUCGGAACAAUUUCGCUUCGAAGAAGAUCGAGCACAAAUCCACGAAGGCGAUCUUGAAGUUCUGGAAGAAACUGAAGCCUCGCAGAAACUCGAAGAAACAACUGGAACCUGUCUCAAGCGAGUCUCUGAUACCCGUGUAGGUUUCUAUGUUGUUAAAAAAAAAUAAUUCUCGAUAUUAAUUACUUGUAAUUAUAGUGCUAAAGAAACUGUUCUCAGACGGAAUGUUAGUCAUGUCGACGAAAGGAUGAGCGCAAGAUCUCAACGCGGUGUCCACGAGGCGACGAUCAAACGAUUCCCAACUCCGCGAGUGAAUCAGCCAAAUCGUGCGCCAAAGCCAGCGAUAACUUACGAUUAUGACGCUGCGGUUAGUCAGCCGGACGUACCGGAUUUCCUGAAUUUUAAGAAAGCUGGCCGUGGCGCGAUGGUUAGUGGAGUUCCGCUUAAAAAGAGAGCCCUAAAGACUCGCCUAAGAUGCCGAAUUAUGUCAAGGAAGAAUUUUCAGAAAAGACCUCAGACAUUCAGGCCGAGGUCGGUUAUCCAAAGGCACGCAAAGGUUCCUGACCGAAGGUAUACGAAAAAACCGAUUGCCUCUUCUGACGUUUCCGAAGAAGAAACAGAUGUUCUUGAGAAAGAGAAUGUUACCGAUAACGGUACAAAUAUUGACGAUUCGUUGGUUUACCGGAAGGUGUGUUCCUCCGACUUAUCUUCAAAUUUCAUUGACAUUUCAUUUUUAUUUCGCUUCGAAUUCUAUCGCAAACGAUUCUUCUACACUGUAAAGAUAACAAACGGAAUACUCUUUGCGCAGAAAGAUGCGAAAAAUGUUUACAAAGACGGGAAUGAGACGAUCGAGAGCAUCGGUGAUAACCAAAUCACGGGAAGGAAAGAAAAACACGAGAUACAAGACGAUUGCGACAGUGUCACAGCAAAGUCUCCGGUUCUUCAAGGCAAGAGCAGCAAAAUUCCACGCGCUAAGACCACAGCUUUCCCGGUUCAAGAACUUCACUCGACAAAGAAGACAGGUAACAAAGUGAAGAAUUCGACGUGCUUGAAUUGUACAUCGAUCAAUUGUGCUCCCAAUGUUGAAGUAUUAGAAAGAGAGGUAGAAAGGAUAGCUAACAAAAUUCAGGGAAGAAGCUGCGAACAUGACGUGGUUCGCUUCGAAGAAUUUCAAAAUGUUGCAAAUAUGUGGAACAAAGAAGAAAGUUCGGCAAGAAAAGCGGAAGAAGAAACUGAAGACGAUCGUGGAUUGACCUCGACGGAUGAUUCUCCAGCUAUUAGCAAGAUCAAUGAUCGACGCGUUGCGACGAUCUUACGAUCUCUGAAAUUAAAUUGUCCAUGUAAAUCGUGCAGUAAUCACCAACUUCCUUCGAGCAGUCGACAAGAGGACGACAGUGACUUGAAGAGUACAUCCCCGGACGAAAGCAGGAAGAAAAGAUGGCCAUUGAAACACCGGAAGUAUCUUGAUACGAGUACGGAAGACGUGGACGCCUCCUCCGAUGACAACGAUGAAAACGAUAAAAAGAAGAAAAGGAAUCGAUUGAAAGCGAAGGUUCCUUUGAUCCAGCAGGUUAAAACUAGCUCGAUAAUAAACACAUCACCGAAAAUUUCCACUCGACGAACGAGUUUCUCCUUUUUAAACACCCUUUUUGAUAUCGUCUUUUGGCCUUAUUUGUUUUUGAAAACAAAUCGUUGAAGAAAUUCAGUUCGACGUUUUAUAACUUGUUAUUUCCUUUUACUGGAAAUUAUACCAUAUAUUCUUAGAACACAUGUACAUAUACGUAUUGAAGAAAAUAUAUUUAUAAUUAUACAUAGUAAAAAUAUAAAACAUGAGAAUAUGAAA